AUGCCCAUCAAGUCAACCUUCAGCAGCGCCCUCUUCGGGUUGCUUGCUACACUACCUCUCAUCUCAGCGCAUACAUGGAUCGAACAGUUGAUGGUUAUUGCUCCAAAUGGUACUUUGGUCGGACAGCCAGGAUUUCCGCGCGGAAAUGUCUUGCGUGGAACUCCCCAGUUCAAUGAUCCGGCGAUGGUCAAUCUCAUUCCACCCGAUGGACGUCCAAUCAACCAGAUCCAGUCUUCUGACCUCAUGUGUAAAUCCACCCAAACAUCCCAAACCCAAACCGAUGGUUCUCCGAGACUGCAGGCUCCUGCUGGGGCAGGUGUUGCACUGCGCUUCCAAGAAAACGGCCAUGUCACUUUGCCAGACAACCAACCCGGCAAGCCACCCAAUCGAGGCACAGUUUAUGUCUACGGAACCUCUGAACCCAACCCCGACGACUCUUUCCUUGCGAUCCACCGUGUUUGGACGCCUGACGGCUCCGGUGGUGAUGGUCGCGGCCGUCUCUUGUCCACUCGCAACUUCGACGAUGGGCAAUGCUAUCAAGUGAACGGCGGUCAGAUCUCCCAACAACGUCAACAGCAGUACGGUCAUCCUUUCGAUGAUCUGAUGGGCCAGGAUCUCUGGUGCCAACAAGACAUUCAGAUUCCAGAUGAUGUACCCACGGGUCAACCUUUUACCCUAUAUUGGGUCUGGGACUGGCCGACGUUGCCAGGCGCUCCAGGCUAUCCCAACGGCAAGCAAGAAAUCUACACUACCUGCAUGGACAUUGAUAUCGUUGACAAUACCGACGUCAACGCGGUCUCCAGGGCCCAGGUUAACUAUGCUCCUGGUCAACCUCUUGACAAUGCUGCCGUGUCUGCUCAGAUGACCGAUCUUGCCAAUCCUACUGCCGUCACAGGUUCUACAAUUGCCUUCUCCGCCUCAGCUACAGGGCCUGUCUCUGGUGGUGCAAGCGAAGCUAGUGUCUUCGCUGCUACAGCAUCCGAGACUGGAGUUCCUGGUUUCCUAAGCGUCCAUGUGGGUUCAACAGCUGGACCAGGUGUCGAGACCCAAACCUUUAGUGUCAUUCCGAUCGGUGUAUUCACUACCACUACUGAUAACGCCCUGGCGCAACAAACUGGCGGUUCAGAUGGCGGAGAUGGAAGUGGUCGUGGUGGGCGUGGCGGCAACAACAACGAUGAACCUCAAGUGACAGCCGCUCCAAAUGCUGCCGGCAACGUCGUCGUGGCGACUUUUACCGAAUAUGAAUCUGUUUACGAGACCGUUUACGAGACUGUAUAUCUAACGCAGUACACGAAGCGAGAUGCAGGUGAGUCUCACUAUCCAACUGCCCUGGGGCUCAUGGACGGCGAUCUUGCCUCUGUGACGACCUCUGACUCCCUUCCCAUCCACACUCCUUCGUACCCGUCCAAUUGCUUCUGGUGCCCAACUGGCUCGGCAAAUCCGAGGUUCACCCAACUGAGUGGCCCACCACCUUGGCUCAGCGGCGCUCGGGCGACGAGAACUCGGUGGCCUCGUCCGCAUCCGACAGACUUGGGGACAUACAGCAACAGCGGCACCAGAUUCGGUGGCAGACAUGGCUUGACGGCGGAAAGCACAAUCACAAUUUCAAGCACCCUAAGUGUGACAACAUAUGUGCCUUCGACUUCGGCUGCCGCUGCAGUGGUUCCUGUGUCUUUGGAUCCGUCACCAGUAUUGACAGAGGCCGCAACCACUCAAAGGGCAGUUACCCUUGACGGUACAUCGACCCUGACGACAUACUUAGGAUCUGCCUCUGCCUCUGGUGCUGUCAACACUGAUGCUGAUGCUGAUAUCUCCACUGUUGCCGUGCCGCUGUCGAGCUACACUCCCCAGCCCUUCCCUCCUCUUCCCUCCUCAAGCCCUACAGACACAGACAACUAUUCUGCCCAAUCCCCUUCAUCAUCCAUCCCGUUCUCUUCAACCUCCACAGCUACAGUCACAGUCACGAUCUCUCCCUCUGCCUCUCUACCUACAUCACUGCCACCAGCGAAUGCGCCAGGAGACCAGGCACUAACGUUUGCUGUUCUUCCAAAUACAGAUACUUCACCAACGCCUACACCAGCACCAACAGUUUCAACAGAUCACUCCGUGUUCCGACUCAGGGCACGAAACCCCUUUAUUUGGCUAGGCUGGACCACGCAGCAGGCAGAAGCAACCCAGGGUGUUUCUUCCUCAUGA